AUGGUCAAGGGAGAGAAGCUGGACAACCCUAUGAGAAACAUAAAAAUUGAAAAGCUCGUUCUCAAUAUUUGUGUUGGUGAGGCCGGCGAUAGAGUCACUAGAGCAGGAAAAGUUUUGGCCGAUCUUACAGACCAAAAACCAGUGUUCUCAAGGGCUAGAUAUACCAUUCGCUCAUUCGGAAUCCGUCGUAACGAAAAAAUCGCAGUCUACACCACUGUUAGAGGAGAUAAAGCUGAAGAUAUCUUGGAAAGAGGCCUAAAGGUCAGAGAAUUCGAACUUAAAAGGAAAAACUUCUCAAAAAGUGGAAACUUUGGCUUUGGCGUCCAAGAGCACAUUGAUCUUGGCAUAAAAUACGACCCUAACACAGGUAUUUAUGGAAUGGAUUUCUACAUUGUCCUAUCACGCAGUGGCUCCAGAGUCAAAGAUAGACGCCACGCCACUUCAAGACUGGGAAAGAGCCAGAAAGUUACCAGAGAAGACGCUAUGCAAUGGUUCCAACAAAAAUAUGAAGGAAUUCUCAUUAACUAA